AUGUCAAAAAAGGGUAGCAGAAUAAGUUACGGUGCCUUCAAAGAUGUUGAGUUCCAGUCUUAUUUACGACAAGUCCAGCCGGAGUACGCGUUCUGGUGGUCUCGCGAGCGCGUGUUCAGCUGGCUGCGGUCUCUGCCCGAGGACACCUUGUGGAACUGCCUCAUCUGCGUGGUGGCGCUGUUGGCCAUCAUCUGGGUCAUCGUGGGCGACGUCAAGACCGCCGCUCCCAGGGAUGAAGUCGACGUCUUCAUCAGAAAUUUGAGUCCCCUGAUUGCAGUACUGGAUAUCAUUUACAACGUGGUGUACUUCUUACACGUAGCGACAAUCGCCAUGAAUAUGUUUUUCUUUUCCGGCAAUGAAUAUCUCGGCACUUGUACUAUAGUGCGUUUCAUUUUAGAUUUUAUAUCAUUUCUCCAUUACGUGUCAGCAUUUGACACGGCAAAUGUUUUCAAGCUCAUCUGCUAUUACAUUCGCCUGCAUAGACCUUUCAAAUUUCUUUGGGAACUGAACGACUACAACCUGAAAGGCAGCAUAUUGGGCAACACGCUCAAAUACUGCUACAUAUUCUUCGUGUUGAGGGUUACAUGGGCAUUCGUUUGGAUACGUGUCGAUGCGUACGAACGUCAGUACACUGAAGUGGCUCGCCGCAGAACUCUCUUCGAAGUGCAACUAGAGCAAGCGCAGGGGAAUCUCACCGACGACUCCACGUACACCGCCGGACAGUUCCUGGUGGCCAUCUACAUGGUCAACAAGAUGUUCAUACCGAUCGGACCGUCAGUGGCACCAAGUAACGAUAUCGAGCGAAUAGCCUGCCUCUUGGUGAUGAUCACGGGCUGUCUUGUGGUGACUGGAGCUGCAGUGGCUUCCUUGUCUCUGGUCAUCAGCAUCUACAUGAGGCCAGAAGAAGCCUUCCGCGCACGCUACCGCCUGAUCAUGAAAGAAAUGAAAGAGUCACACGUGCUUCCUAGUCUACGGGAAAAGGUGGAGACCUUCUACAAGAUGUACUGGCACAAACAAAAGGCUGUAUCAGCCACACAGCUCCUGCCCACUUAUCCCCCCACUCUCCCAGCCACUGUCAACACCGAAAUCUACUUUGAGGCCACUCAAAAGAGUCGUAUCCUUUGCGAUUUGUCCUAUCAGUUUCUGUCUGAAGUGGCGAAGACCAUGAAUACCAUCCAUUACAUUCCUGGUGAUACCAUCAUCAAGAGAACCACUAGAAAGUCUUCCAUCAUUUACAUCACCUAUGGAGAUAUCGAGAUGCUGUCAGCCGAGGAUGACAACACGGCAGUGGUUCGCAUGACGCGCGGCACGGCGGUGGCGGGAUGCGGAGGCAGCGCAGCCGCGGCGUGCGCACGCGCUCACGUGGAGAUCCGCGCCGCCACCUUCUGCACGGCGCACGCGCUGCACGCGCCCGACCUGUGGCGCGUCGCCAACAAGUACGGCCACGACACCCACCAGACGCAGAUCAUACUGGCUUCUUUUAACGAACACUUGGAAAGAGUGAAAAAACACUAUAGCCUGAAAAUUCCUGAAGAUGUCAAGUACAAGAGCAGCAUCUUACACUUCAAAAAGAAUUUGAUGGCUCUGAAGGAAGCCACUGACUCGGAUGGCAAGCUACUACUGGACAGAAGGGACAUAUUUCUCGAGAUUGCCGGCUGCUACAUUAUGAGAAAUCGCGCAGAUGGAAGACAGACUGACGAGGCCGAUGCCAUCUGCCUCCGUUCUACGUUCCCCUGCAUCCUGCAGCCGUGGUCUUCCCUGCAGAUCGCCUGGCACUCCUUCAUGUGCUGUGUCAUCCUCACCGUUUGUUUUACGCACCCUUAUUUCCUGAUUUUCAAGAAGACGGUGCCAUUGGAAUUUAGAUUCUUCGACUACGUGGUUACGGCGCUCUAUCUGGUUGAUUUGAUUGUUCAUCUUUCGACUGGCGCUAACGUUGAAGAAGGAGUGCCCAUAACCUUCGCCCAGACGUCGUCACAGCAAAUGCGCAGCCACUGGUUUGUAAUAGACGUGGUCGGCACCCUGCCCAUCUUCGAGUGCAUACAGUCUGCUGACCAUUUUGCUGGAAUCAACAAAUUGCUUCGGCUGCCGAAGGUGUUCCGAGUGCUCAAAUCCAUGGAGGAGAUGUGCGUGUACAACAGUAACGUAUUACGGUUCAUGUCCUACACCUUGCUGCUGGUCAUCGCGUGCUACCUCAUCGCCUCGAUACAGCAGGGCUUUAUGUGCUUCAGGUUCAACUAUUGUCUAGUCGGCAACUUCACCCACCCUCCGUAUUGGAAGAACAGCACCCUGGACGAGGAAACCGUGGUGCACCGGCUCAUCUUCGGCCUCUACUGGGCUAUAUCCAUGAUCACCUUUACGACUCACAUGGAGCCUUUUGGUGUGGAGAACUGGCACAGCGUUUUGUACACUAUGGUGGUGUUGGAGAUUUGUAUCGUGCUGCACAUAUUCAUCGAGGCGGUGUAUUCGGCCACCAUCAUGGUUACUACGGCACUGAGGGAAGAUUACGACUCUUGUAUUGCAAAUGUCAAAGACUUCCUCAUCAGGAACGAAGUGGAUGAGCAGCUCCGGCAAAGGUUUAUCACAUAUUUGCAGCUAUGCUGGUAUACAGACAAGGCGUACUCAAUGACGAAUAGAAAGACCUCGAUCUUCUACGACCUGCCUCCUCACGUGUACCAGAACAUCGUGACCAGACAGAGAAGCAAGUACUUGCUGAGUAUACCAUUUAUGAAGUUACUCAACAAAGAGGAGCUGAAGAAUGUAUCCUCUAAAGCAAAGUUGUUCUACACGACUCCAAACGAGAUCCUGCUGAAUACUGGAGACAUCAGCAACGAGAUCUACCUCAUUAAACAGGGCAUUUGUGAGAUUGUGGAUCCUGACACAAAAGAAGUGGUAGGGUCUCUCGGCGUGAAAAGCCACUUUGGUGUUCUCGAGUGCUUACUGCGUGUACCAGCUUACUACACCGUGAGAGCGGUGACCCACGUGCAGGUGUUCACGAUCUCGACGAAAGUGCUGUCCAAGGCCAUGAGGCUGCCCAAGAUCAAGGAUGCGGUUGAAUUCGCUAAGGAGCAACCCGAGUUCGGUCGGCUGGCAGUGAGACGUGAGUCGUUCCUUCGCUAUGAAACGCCCGAGAAGGCGCCCAACAUGAUGCGGUUCCGACUCCCGCGCAAGUACGAGGAGGACUUCGCGUUCCUGCAUCCCUUCAACAGGCUCGGAUACUUUUCUAUACUCAGAUACAUAUUCCCGCGCUUCACCAUCCGUCCCGACGGCGACUACUUAUUGCGCUACGAGUGGUGCCGCGCCUUCUGCGCGCUGCUGUCCGCCAUCGUGUUCCCAUCCUACUCCUACCUGGUGCUGCAGUGGCCCGGCCUCUACUACUUCUCCUGGCUGCUGGACUUAUCUGCUUACUUCGACAUCGACUACCUGGUGCGUUACGAGUACGAGUGGUACUGGGCUGUCUGCGCGCUGCUGUCCGCCAUCGUGUUCCCGUCCUACUCCUACCUGGUGCUGCAGUGGCCCGGCCUCUACUACUUCUCCUGGCUGCUGGACUUAUCUGCUUACUUCGACAUGUAA